UUCCCUCCUCUAUCUACUGGGUAGAUAAGCAGAAAGCUUAGUCUCGCAGUUCUCGGCCUUUUUACCGGUUAAUCCACAGCUCGUCCUCGUGUUAUCGGAUAUAAUGGCUUCAGUUGCCCUUCCGUUUCAUCGACCCAUGGGCAAGGCAUCCAGACAGGCCUCUUUAGAUACGAGAGACGAGAUUCUCCUCCAAGCUGAUCAUUUCAUCGGAAUCGAUGUUGGAACUGGAAGUGCCCGUGCUUGUAUUAUAGAUGCCAAAGGAGACAUUGUUGGAUUGGCCUCCGAGAAUAUUGGGCUCUGGCAGCCUCAGACCGGAUACUAUGAACAAUCAACAACUGAUAUUUGGCGCUGCAUCUGUGUUGCAGUUCAGCGGGCUAUCAACCAGCAUAACAUCGACCCUGAGACAGUGCGUGGAAUCGGGGCCUAACUUCGAUACUGACCGCAAUGUGAUAUUAUGGCUCGACCAUAGACCAGUUGAGGAAGCCGAGAAGAUCAAUGCGACCAACCACAACCUGCUGCGAUAUGUGGGUGGGAAAAUGUCUGUGGAGAUGGAAAUCCCGAAGGUCUUGUGGCUAAAGAACAAUAUGCCCAAAGAGCUCUUCGCUGAUUGCAAGUUUUACGACCUGGCCGAUGCUUUGACUCACAUUGCCACCGGCAAUGAAAAACGAAGCUACUGCAGUGUCAUUUGCAAACAGGGUUUCGUCCCUGUUGGUGUUGACGGUAGCGUUAAAGGCUGGCAGGAAGACUUCUUGGUCCAAAUCGGCCUGAAGGAUCUCACAGAAGACAAUUUCAAGCGCAUGGGCGGCGUCGACGGGGUGAAUGGAGAUUAUCUUAGUGCGGGCGAACUUGUUGGCAAACUGUGUGAAAAAGCAGCAGCGGAUCUGGGAUUGCCCGCUGGAAUCGCCAUUGGCAGUGGCGUCAUUGAUGCUUAUGCCGGGUGGAUUGGCACUGUUGGCGCCAAAGUCGAACUCGAGUCGGAACAAUUGACAUCGGACGCCGCAAAGAAUGAUAUUACUCAGGCGUUUUCCCGUCUGGCGGCUGUUGCUGGAACGUCAACCUGCCAUUUGGCCAUGUCCCCUGAGCCUGUAUUCGUCCCAGGUGUUUGGGGUCCAUACCGCGACACAAUCAUACCUGGAUUCUGGAUGGCCGAGGGCGGGCAGUCUGCCACCGGAGAGCUGCUAAAGCACGUUAUUGAGACUCACCCCGCCUACAAUCAGGCGCUUUCUGUUGCGGAAUCUUACAACACCAAUAUUUAUGAAUACCUCAAUGAACAUCUGAGAGAGAUGAUGACUGAGCAAAAGGCGCCGAGCAUCUCGUAUAUGGCUCGUCAUAUCUUCUUCUAUGGUGACUUAUGGGGAAAUCGAUCUCCAAUCGCUGACCCUAAUAUGGCGGGUUCGAUUAUUGGCCUCACUAGCGAUCAAUCGGUGGAUGGCCUAGCCAUAUACUAUUAUGCUACCCUCGAGUUCAUUGCAUUGCAGACCAGGCAGAUCGUCGAGACCAUGAAUAAAUCGGGCCACAGCAUCGCGUCCAUAUUUAUGUCUGGCUCCCAAUGCCAAAAUGACAUCCUGGUCAAACUCAUUGCAUCGGCAUGCGGCAUGCCGGUUCUAAUACCGCGCUAUAUCCAUGCCGCUGUCGCAAUCGGAGCUGCCAUGCUUGGGGCGAAGGCCGCCAGCGCGGAUCCUGAAGGCAACACGGAAGACUUAUGGAGUAUCAUGGAUCGAAUGAGCAAGCCAGGAAGGAGGAUUGUUCCGACGGACAAUGAGAACGAAAAGGCCCUGCUUGAGGUUAAGUAUAAAGUCUUCUUAGAGCAAUGCUAUCAGCAAAAGCAAUACCGCGCGCUAGUUGAUGAGGCUGUUAAUUCGUGGAAGUUGUCUUAGUUACCCUGACAUCUGGCUCUGCCCGUCUGCGCAAGGUUUAUAAAACCUCUUCAUUUGUAUUAAGCACAGGGUAGUGAGCUUUUCCAUUAAUAUUAAUUAAGCUACUCUCUAA